CACCUCUGAACCUCUUCCGGUUUAUCGCAUGCUUCCCCUUCAAUUUAGCUAGCUAACAUAUCUGAAACAUAAUAUAUAGACCAACGUUAGGAGUUCAUAAAACACUUUGCUUCCAUAAUUUAUACAUUUCAUCAUCUGAAAUUGUGACGGUCGAACAAAACAUGAAUAUUCGCAACGCGAGGCCGGAGGACCUUAUGAACAUGCAGCACUGCAACCUGCUGUGUCUCCCAGAGAACUACCAGAUGAAAUACUACUUCUACCAUGGACUGUCCUGGCCACAGCUCUCCUACAUCGCUGAGGAUGAGAAUGGCAAAAUAGUGGGAUAUGUUUUGGCCAAGAUGGAGGAGGAUCCAGAUGAUGUCCCCCAUGGUCACAUCACAUCCCUGGCUGUCAAGCGCUCUCACAGACGUCUGGGUCUGGCUCAGAAGCUGAUGGACCAAGCCAGCCGAGCUAUGAUUGAAAACUUCAACGCCAAAUAUGUCUCACUUCAUGUCCGGAAAAGUAACCGAGCGGCCUUGCACCUGUACUCCAACACACUGAAAUUCCAGAUUAGUGAAAUAGAGCCCAAGUACUAUGCAGAUGGAGAGGAUGCCUAUGCCAUGAAGAGAGACCUAGCUCACAUGGCUGAUGAGGUCCCACAGUUGAGGAAGCCAGGAGUGAAGGCACUGGGUCAGGAGACCCUUACUGCUACGACCACACCCGGUGACCAGGAGAAAGAGGGAGAAAGGGACAGUGGCGGAGAGAGCAAAGAACUCAGUGAAGUUAGCGAAGCAACAGAGAGCACAGACGUCAAAGAUUCAUCCUCCGAUUCACAAUGACUCUGACAUCUUUAGUAGGCAUUUUUAAAUUUCACCAUGAAAGUUACUUACUACACUUUUUUAUCUCUUUCCAAAUAGGAAUACACAGAUUUGGCUUCAGUCUUUACCCAGUGUUCGUCUUCAACUAUUCACCUCAGUUACUUUGUAUAUUUUACCUUUACAACAUACACUGUACAGUAAUAUAUAUUUUACCUUUACACCAUACAGUAACAUUUUACCUUUACAGCGUAUACCGUACAGUAACAUAUUUUACCUUUACACCGUACAGUAACAUAUUUUACCUUCAGUGUACACAGUAGAGUAAUAUAUUAUACCUUUACAGCGUACACCAUACAAAGUAUAUUUUACUAUUACUGCGUUCACCAUACAGUAAUAUAUGUGACCUUUACAGUGUACACCCUACAGUAAUAUAUUAUCUUUACAGUGUACACCGCACAGUAAUGUAUAUUUUACUUUACACCCUACAGUAAUAUAUUUGACCUUUAGAGCGUACACUGUACAGUAAUAUAUUUGACCUUUAGAGCGUACACCGUACAGUAAUAGUUUUUUCCCCCAUAACUUUCUCUGUUGUCAUUAGUGACAAACAAAGCAAAUUGAGAAUUGGUUGAAAGGAAUGUUUUUGGAACUGGAAUGAAAGUGGAUUUUGAGCUAAAAUUCACGACUGUUUCCAUAAGUUUUUUUAAGUUAUAUUUGAUGUUGUCACUAGUACUUCAUCGUCGGCCACCCAUGAUAUCUACACAUUUUGAAAACAUAACCAGUGUUUUUGGAUGUGUCUAAAUCAGGUCUGUUAAGUAUUCUUCAAAAUAAAAGUUUCAAGUAA